UCUGUCACUUAUGGCCUUAACCUUUGUUCAACUACCUGCUGGUGCCAACGCCUCGAUGCGGUCAAAAAGUGUGCAGGUUUGCCGUAGAAUGGGGAGAGUAGUUUCAAUCUUGAGUUGCAGAUAACUCCCUGGUGCUAGAGACCUUGCGUGAGAGAAACUUGAUGCAGAGAACAUGGUUUGCCUGACAAUGAGCAUGGUGCCUUGUGCAAGUAGAGUCGCAGGUACAUCACAGACACCACCAGCGGUUAGUUUCUUAACCUUGUUGGGUCACUACCUCAAUAGUUCUCUGGAGUUUAGAGCAAGCCAAAUUAGGGCUGAUAGCGAGUCUUAACAAAAAUCUCAGAGAGCCAGGCCCAUUGUCCUUUUCGGUGCAUCAGGCCGACCGCCGAAGCCGUGUCCGGCAGCGUUUGGAAUGUCAAUGCGUGGCACUGGGAGGAGAAGCCAAUGACUGAGUGGAGUAUGAAGUGGCUGACCCGUGAACUGCAGGGCCUCGCGAUACGCUUGCUGUCUGGAUUGGCGACCUUGGAGUUUCGAGACAUCCAGGUCACCGGCGACUCCUCGGUGUCCGUGCGGAAGGGAAAACCUAUCGUCCUGUACCUCUUGCGACUUGAGUGUCGAUGGGAGGCCACGGCCACGGCCCAGGGGUUGGGGGAUGCCAAAGGCGCACUCAUCCUGCCCGAGUUCUCUUCAGAAGAUGGACCCAAAAGUUCCUUGAUCCAGGUGGAGACAUCCAGCGACGAGUCUCGCGGGCGUUUGGCCAGCGCGGUGCGCAAGGAGGGCAUCCCUGCAGUUCGGGAGUUGCUCCUCCGGUUUGAGGAGGCUUUACGCAGCCAGCUGACACGGGAUGCGAGGUGAGAUCGACGUUGCUUCCACGUGGAGUGAGCUAACUGGUCAAGGCAUAGAUUCCACUAGUGAGGCAGUUGGAUGAUUACAAAAUGGA